AUGCCAAAACCAAAGGAAAGAAAAGAACAAACCAAAGGGGCUUCCCUGCCCAUUGUUCCUAUUCUUCAAAAGUUUCUGAGAACCUACGAGAAGCACUGCGCGCGGUUUCAGGCUUCGGUGAGUCCUGCCAUCAGGCGGGACCUGCAGGGCAGCAUCGAGGGCGCGCGGGCUCUCCGCGGGUUUACACUUAUAAAACCUGAUGACUUCUCACCAAGUGCCCGACCCAUUUCCUUGGAACCUUUGCUAACAGCAAUCCAAGAUGAGCAUUACAUGCUGGGGAAGAAGAUCUGCAUCUGGGGUCUUCAGCUGAGCAACGCAGAGAUUGCCAGACUCGCCUCGCUUCUGGAGCUGAGGGGAAAACUCACCUGCCCGUUUGCCACUGUGGAAAUCGUCGACUGCAAGAUGGAUCUGUGGUCCCUGGGGCGCCUUGGGAAGGCUCUGCAGUUCAGCAGUCUGCGUUCCCUGGUCCUCGAUUAUUGCAAAUUUGGAAAUGAAGAAAUCGAAAGACUUUUCUCAAGCCUGGAGAAGAGCCAACGGCUUCAAGUCCUCAGUCUGUGUUACUGUGGGCUGGGGCCUUGGUGUGGGUCAAGGCUGGGCGUGGUUAUCAGCCAGUGCGCUAUUUGCGAGCUGAGACUUGACGGCAAUUACCUGCAAUGUUCCGGGGCUCUGGCUCUCCUCAGACCCAUGGCAGAGUAUGCGGAGCUGCAGGGAAGCCAUCCGCCCCCCAGGGCCUCGCCACACAAUGGAAAUCCCCCUCAAGUGCCGCCCGGAAUCAAGAAAAAAGCUCAAGGCUUGGUGGAAGCUGGCCCUUGGUUAGUGAAGUUGCAUUUGGCAGAUAACGGCAUAGAUGGAAAGGGAGAAGAAGACCACUUGCUGGAAUUCACUCGGAUUUUAACAUGUGUGAUCAAAUACUCCGCACAUCUACAGGAAAUUGACCUUGGAAACAACGCUCUGGGAGAGAAAGCUGCUGCUGGCAUCCUGGCAGCACUGAGAGCCAGGAGGACAGGGAGACUACCAGUCCUGAAAGUUACAGUCACUCCUCGGAUCUCCUCAGACACCUUCAGAUCUAUUUGGAAGCAUAGCAACAGUUCUCGUAUUAACCAUAAGAAGAAGAAAAAGGUGGAUCAUGACUGUAUCAAGACCUAA